AUGCUUCCGAAACCAAGACUAGUCAGUGAUCAGCCAAACAUAGAAAACACUAUAUUGUAUUCAGCAUACCAAGCCUCAAGCCCAGCUAAGUUUUCGACGGAUGCUGAUAAAUUUGUAAUGUAUGGCGGUGGCUCGUCAUACACCAUGCACUGCCGGAAUGCAUCGAAACUCCGACCUUUCUCGAGCGACCAUGUGUCUUUGUUUGUGUUGUCGUCGCAUUUCGUGAUAUGGUCCAACAAGGAUAAUGCAGGAGUGGAAAUACCGUACCAAUUAAUUUAUUUGCACGCUUUGGACAAGAACUCGCUUUAUCUACAGGUGCAGAAUAGUCAGCUCCUUAGCAAUUCACCGGAUGGUGUUUUGGAAAUCAGCUUGGUUGAAAGCAACGACAACCAUGUCAGGGGAAAUGAAUUAUUUGCCCAAGUUGGUGGAAACGCCGAGACUAUUUAUCAAGCCAUGUCAACGUGUUCCGCCAUGCACUUUGACUCUGAGGAAGAAGAAGAAGAAGAAGAAGAAGAUAAAGACUAUACAAUGGAUUACGGUAACGAGCCACAACUCCCGACAAUGGAAGUACCCAGCAGUUGGCUCAAUGAAGAAAUGUCUAAAAUUCAAGAGAUACAGUUCAAAAACGAUGGAAACGCCGAUGAUCUCGACGAGGAAGGGGAUGAGACUCUAGAGGAGGGCGUUGUUGCUGGAAUGAGUGUUGACGUCGGAUAUGCUCAGAUAGCGGGUAGCAAGAGAUUUGAGCAAGAGGAUCAAGAAGUGGUAGAUGAUGACUCGAUAAGCAGCAUAAAGAGAAAUAGGAAACAAUGA